AUGAUGGAUGUGUGCAGUCCUCUCCGAGUGAUUGAGAAUUUCGCCCUAAUGAGAGAUUUAAAUCUCAGGCAGGCGACAAAUAGGCCAUCGUUGGCGGAGAACGCUGGUGAUCUGACGGAGUUCCGGUUCACUCAACGCACUCAAGACGGGGAAACAGGACGAGAGGUAAGCGAAGUUUCUUUGCACUUUUCUCAACAAACAACCUUAACUUCAUAG